UCUGGGCUCUGAUGUUUAUUUAAACUGCUGCCUGGGCUCAGGGAAAAGGACAGAAGAGAGAGUCCAGCGGCCCAGACUGGCUCUGCAGCCCCAAAGGGUACUGGUGCCUACCUCGGCUUGCCUGCCUGCUGUCCAGAGAGAAUCCACCCAGAUCUGAAGGGGGCUGGGCCCUUCUGCCAUCUGCCAGCCACUGGCCACUUGCUGCCCUCUUCCCUCCUUCCCUUGCCUGGGUUUAAAUCCUUUGGUGAGUUUUGGCAAGGGGAGGGCAUAUCUGGAGAGAUUCCUACCGCUGAGGUUUGGCACCCCUAUCCUGCCCCCACCCCCACCCCCACCCCCUGGGCUGAGGCAGCUUCACCAAGGGAGGACUCUGGUUUUGGGGAGGGGCCUUGGAUGGUUAUUCCCUGAGAAGCCACACAAGGAGCCAGAGUCAGGGCCAGAAGAGUCGAGUCGACUGUGACUGGUGCCCUUCGCCCACAGUGCCCAGCUAGGGCUGUUGCCACCGUUUGGGCAUCAGAGGAGGGCUACUCUGCCCUGACCAGAGCCUGCAGCCAUGGCCGAUGGCCAAAUGCCUUUUUCUUGCUCCUACCCUUCUUCCCGCCUGAGGAGAGACCCUUUCAGGGAGCCACCCCUGUCCACUCGCCUGCUGGACGAUGAUUUUGGCAUGGCCCCUUUCCCUGACGACCUGACUGCCGACUGGCCCGACUGGGCCCGCCCCAGACUGUCUCCAUGGCCAGGUCCCCUGAGGGCAGGCAUGGCACCCAUGGGUCCCAGCAUGGCCCCUCCAGUCUAUGGGGCCAGGUAUGGGCCCGUUGAAAACCGAAGCCCACCCCCCUGUCCUGGGGAACCCUGGAAAGUCUGUGUCAACGUGCAUAGCUACAAACCAGAGGAGCUGACCGUCAAGACCAAGGAUGGCUUCGUGGAGGUGUCCGGCAAACAUGAAGAGAAGCAACAAGAAGGGGGAAUUGUUUCCAAGAACUUCACAAAGAAAAUCCAACUCCCAGCCGAGGUGGACCCGGUGACAGUGUUUGCUUCGCUCUCUCCUGAGGGCCUGCUGAUCAUCGAAGCCCCCCAGGUGCCCCCUUACUCUGCAUUCGGAGAGAGCAGCUUAGAGAGCGAGCUGCCGGUCGACAACCACGAAGUCAGCUGCGCUUGAAGAGGCCUCCAGAGGAAGAAUUCUCGUUGUCCUCGUCCCCCUUCCCUCCCCCAGACCCUAGAGAUUUCUCUCUGAUUCCAGAUGCAAACACAUUAGCUCAAUAGAGGUGUAUGUUGGAUAGAAAAGGUUGUUUUUCUGCUCUUGCCACUGAGGGGCCUCCCGUCUGGAAGCGUCCUCUCCAGAGUGCCUCCCUACCGAUUCCUGCCCCAUCCUGACGAGAAGCGGCCCUGGGCUUCUCCCAGGAUGGAGAGCUGGCCCUCCUGGCCGCCAGAGGGGCCGCUGAUGAUGGCAUCCCGGCUGCUCUGCUCCCAAACCCUGUCCCCCUUUUUCCCAGGGCCCAAAGUCAACCCCAGAAAAAUCCCAGAGGCUUAGGUCGGGCUGCCUUGAAAGCUCGCUCUCCCAUUCCCCUAGUGCUGCUCACCGAGUCCCUCCGCGUUCCUACGGGCCACCAGCCAUCCCCUAACCUCACAAAGAUAAGGUUUUAGAGGUCUUACAUGCAUUAAGUGUUUAUCUGUAAAUUAGACCGAAGUUUGGAGGGUACCAUUUUUGUUGUUUAUAUUUGCUCUAAGUUAAUUAGAUAUUUAUGGAGAAGGACCUGAUUGGGGGAUCUUGGGCCCCCUCAGGUCAUUUUGUUGGCCAACUCUUCUCUUUGACCCCCCUCCUCCGUCUAGUUCCCCCCUCCCUUUUUUUUCCAGGUCUAGAUUUUCCCAGGAGGGAAUUGCCAGGUUUGGACCUUGCUCUCCGGAGUUGCCAGGAACCAAGUGCCAGCCAGACAGACAGAACUGACAAAGACAGGCUGGGAACUUUCCACAAUGUGACAGUGUCAUGUGCUUGGGUGGGAACAUUUCUGUAUCGUGCCGAUUUUUUUUCCAGUUAUGCUCUUGUUUGAGGGGAAAUAACUUUAUGAAUAAUAAAAAAGAAAUCGAUCUUCUUA